UGACUUUGAUACCUUUAUAAGUAAUAUUUGCGUUGAUAACAAAAACAGUCUGGCCUAGACAAUUACGGACAACACAUUGCCAUAAUCACAUAAACAAGCAUGCAAGCAAUACUAUUAUUUGGACUGUUUGUGGGAACAGUUUUUUGCUGUACUGAUGAUCAGUAUACGUGCUGGGAUGGAACUUGUAAACCAGGGAGUUACCAAUGUGAUUCCUGGGUUGAUUGCAGUUAUGGAGAAGACGACCUGGGAUGUCCAGGUUGUGACAGUGAUCGUUUCCUAUGUGCUAAUGAUCUCUACUGUAUUAUAUGGUGGGGAGUAUGCGAUGGUGUAGAUGACUGUGGUGAUGGUUCGGACGAACGUGGGUGCUCCAAUAUUAUUUGGAGUAGCCAUUUUUCCAGCAAGCGCGGCUUAACCAGUUCUAGUGCUGGAAAAGUAGUAUCCAGGGGUAUGAACAAAAGAGGCAAAGUAGCAGCUGCAGGAACAAACAUGCAAAAAAAGGAAAAUGAAGCACAGAAAGUAGCUAAUAAGAUGGAAAAACUCAGGCUGCUUAGCAGAGGAAAAGAUGGCAAAUAAACAUGAAAAAGAACGGACGAAUUUGCUAA